CUAUUACUUAUUUUCUGAUUUGACAGUUAAAUUUCAUUGAAUUUUGGUUGUCUAUUGUGAAUUUGUCAUGUCAAAAAGAAGCAAUCUAUAUCAGAAACCGUGUCCGAUUAUGUAGAUAACUCUAUUUGUUAAAAUUUUGUAUGUAAGGUAUAUACGCAGAUUUUAAAGCGAACACAUUUGGUUUUUGUCAGUAAAAUUAAUAUAUGCAAUUUUUUCUGCCCAGUUAAAAUCUUUAGUAUAAAUAUAAUUCAUAUAUAUAUAUAUUCGUACAUAUACACAAAAAAAUGGAAUGUCAUAAAUGCUGAAGUUAAAAUAAAAAUGAAACUCUAAUUAAAACUGAAUUGACAGACGUAAAGAAAAAAUACACCAGCUAAAACGCAGAAAUGGUAAUAAUUGAAAAUAUUUGUGCCACAUGAGAAGUUUCAAAACAAAAAGAACAGCAUUGGACGAAGAUUAUUUAUGAUCAAAUUGCGUCAGCGAUUAAUUGAUGUCAACGUAGUUUUAUUUUGAAUUAAUUUUUUUUUGUUAAAACAGAAUACAACGAUAUAGAUAUAAAAAAAGAGGAAACAAGAAACAGAAAAAGGAAUUUAAAAGUGCAUUGUUCAAGAAAAUCCUUUUUCUUUGUUAGAGAACACAAAGACAAAGUUAAUUCGAAAAUCACUUAGCACACACCCAACGAAUGGGCGCAAAGUCGAGCACACCUGCCGGCCAUCAGAGCCCACGAUCACGGACAUUUUCUAGCAGUUCUGCAGAUACGCCACCGUCACCUACUGCUGAUUUAAAUGUACCAGGAGAGGAAUCGGCUCAAGGAUUUAACUUGUUGCGAACUUUACCAGGGCUUCACAUGCAACAUGUCCAAAGCGCUGUAGAUAGGCAACGUGCACGUAGUUUAAGUUCAGUACCAGAUAUACAUCAACAGAGCACCUCUCAUACACAUCCCGCUUUAGCAACUACUACACCAAGCGGAAACAACUUUGGUGUUGUUGUCAACAAUAAUUUAUCACAAAACCAUACCACCUAUCUACGUCAUCCGCAAGGUGACAGCUUUCGUUUAAAUGUGCCAGUUAGUCGAGGAGCGGGCAAUCAUCAGCUAGCAUUAAAUUUUGAAGACCUACAAGAGGUAUCUCGAACGGGCGCUAAUUUUGUAGAAAGUAUCGCUCUUGCAGCUGGUAGUGAGAAUGGCAUUGGACGAGUUUAUACAGCUACAUCGCUACCAUCACACAUAUGGUCGUUUAAUGGAAUCAAAUGCCCAGUUUGUAAUAAAUUUGUUCUACCUGAUGAUAUUGAAUGCCAUUUAGUUAUGUGCCUCACAAAACCACGACUUUCAUAUAAUGAGGAUAUUUUAUCAGAUGCAAAAGGUGAAUGCGUAAUAUGCUUAGAGGAUUUAAAUCCAGGCGACGUUAUUGCAAGAUUACCUUGCCUUUGUAUAUAUCAUAAAGGUUGCAUUGAUAGAUGGUUCGAAGUAAAUCGGUCCUGCCCUGAACAUCCUGGCGAUUAGUUAAAUCUUUAAA